AUGGAAAAAGAUAAAGUUGAAGUUCAUCUUCAAAAAUUACUUAAUUAUGAAUUAUCAUUAUCAUCAUCAGAUGAUAAAAAACACGUUAUUUAUGCUUAUGAUACUUUAAUUAAUAUUCUUCAAACACCUGAAAUACGUAAACAAUUGUCUGGACAACAUGAAUUACUUUUCGAAUGUAUAUCUCAAAUAAUUUUGACAUCAUUUAAUCAAUAUUUUCAUGAUGAUCAAUUACAUUUUUUACUAAAGUUAGCAUUGAAUACAUGUGUUUUAUCAAUGUCACAAAACCAAAUCAUUAAUAAUUGGUUACAAAAUAUCGAAGAACGUACAUUUGAAAAACAAGAUAGUUAUGAUGACAAUGAUUUAUAUAAAGAUGCAACUGAAAGUGAAGAAUAUGAAAACAUAAAAAGUGCAAGUAAUCAACUUCAACGAAAAUACACUUAUAAUGAUGAUUCAUCUCACCAUGAUUUGAGUUCAGUGUCACCAAGAGAUAAAAGCCGACCAUUAGCAAAACCAAUAUCGACUCAACAUUAUAUUUCUACUGUAAAUUUAGAUAAUAAACGAAAUGAUCAUCGAAGUUCUGAACAAAGUACUGUGCAUGAAGCUUCAGGCAAUCGUAGUACAAGUAAUCUUAACCAACAAUCCGAUAACAGCGCAAAUAAAGCACGUGGUAUAACUUCAUUCAAUAAUAAACAUCAUAUCCAUCAUCAACUUGAUGAUUGUUACAUUUGUGGUGAAUACGGUCAUAUUUCAUAUUAUUGUCCUAUGAAAAAAAAUACGUCAACAGUUGUAUCUCGUGAUCGUGUUCAAGCUGAUUUAUCAAAUGAAAAGAAACAAACUCGAUCAGAAUCUUCUUCAUCAUUAUCUUCUAUCGAAAUAAUUCUUUCAAAAAGAGAUCAAGGUCGAGUUCAAAGAAUUUGUAAUCAAUCAAAACAAUUAAUCAAUUGUUAUCUUAUAGUUGAAGAACGAAAUAGAAAAUUUAAGUUACUUCUUACACGUAUAAGAAAACUUGAUAAACUACAUGAAAAAAAUCUUCCAAUAAUUUUCUCUGAAAAAGAAUCAAUAUUCUAUUCAUUUAUUUGUCAUGUUGCACAAAAUGAUUUUCUAUUUAGUAAUGAUCAAUAUUUAGCAUUAUAUGAUUUUAAAAAUAUUUUAUUACCACAAAAAUAUCAUAUAUUAAAUCAAGAUCGUUCAAUAUUUUGUCGACAACGUAUAUUAAUACCUUUAAAUAUAAUCAUAGAACACAUUAAAACUACAUUAAAAAUUCAACAAACGAUAUUUAAUGAUUUCCAAGAAUAUAUUAUUCGUUUACCAUCACCAAUAUCAACAGUAUUAUUUGAUUCAAUUAAAUAUUUACUAGAAUCAAAUAUAUAUGUAGAUAUAAAAUAUUUAGAAUAUUUUUCAAAAACAAUUUUAUUUGAUAUGAAAAAAAAAAUUUUUUCAAAUGAACAACUUGAUGAACUUAAAAUAUAUUUUAAUAUUCGUAUGAAAUGUUUUGAACGUAAUAAUCAAAAUCAAAUAUGGAAAAAACGUUUAAUUUUAUUUAAAAAGGAUAAUAAAAUACAAAAUGAUCUUAAUCAAUGGAUUUCAGAAUUAGAUCAAGUUUUGAAUACAGAUCUCUAUGAACAAACAGAAUCGGAAAAAAAUCUUUUCCAAUAUUCUACAUGGUAUUUUACUAUUUUAAUAAUGACUAGUAGUGUUCAUUUAAAUAAACAUCAAUAUGAAUGCAUAUUAAAAUCUGGUAUUCAAUCGACAUUAUUUAAUUCAAUACAAAAGUUUUAUUUUCAAUAUUAUUUAAAUCAAGAACAUGCACCAAUAACUAUUGAUGAAUUAAAUCAAAUCAAAAGUAAAUUAAAUAGUCAAAAUAUUGACAAGAAAAAAUUAGCCUAUGAACAAAUAAGAAUUAUACUUGAUAGACCAAAACCAAAAUUUAACAAAGAACAAUUAGAACAAUCUUCUUCUGAAAGUGAUAGUUCAACUCAAACAAAUGAUCAGUUCAAACAAUCCGACGAUUUAAUUCCAAUAAUUGAUGGUCAUGUUCUAAUUUAUUUGAUUUCUCUUAUUGAUAUGAUUUCUGCGGAUACAAAAACAUUUUCAAUUGAACAGUGCAAAGAAUUACUCGAUAAAUUUGUUUAUCAAUCAACAAUUGUUCGUCCAAUACCAUAUGCUGAACAACAACGUUUAUUAUCGUUUUAUUCUCGUUCAAUAUCAUUAGAUGAAUUAAAAACGUAUUCUCUUUCAACAGAAUCAGAUUUAAAUAAUUAUCUACGAUUACUUGAAAGUAGACCAUUAAUGAAAAAUGAUGCAAUAUAUAACUUUUUGAUUAAAACAACUAUAUAUAUAUUUAAAAGUCGACAAAAAUUUUCUAAUGAAAUAUGUCAAGACUUGAAAAAUCUUCUCGAAAAGAAAAUUUCAGAAAAAACUCAUACUCGUUUGAUAAAAAAAGUCUAUAACGAUUUUCGUUUAAAUAAGAACAAUCUUAUUAUAAUUAAUCGAAAUAUUCUCAAUCAAUUAUUAAAUAAUAUUCUUCUACGAGAUUAUCAAGCUCAUUUAGAAUUUUUUAAUUUAUUAGAAAAUAUUUCACAAUCAAUCAAUUUCAAAGAGAUAACAAAGGACUUUGAAAUAAAUCGUUGUCUUUUAACAGGAAUAAUUCUUAUUAUAAUCGAUGCUGAUUAUUCAAAUUCAUCAGAUUUAGUUUUGUUUCAGCAAUGCUUAACAACUAUGAUAGAAAAGGAAAGAAAUUUUUUUUCAUUACUUCUUACUGAACAACAAUAUAAACUUAUUACAACACAUUCAACACCAAGAUCAACUAUUGAUCCAUUAAUUCAUUUACUAAAAAAAGAUUUAAAUGAAAAAAAUUUUUCUAAUUUAAUUUAUUUUAUUAAAAAUGAAUUAAAACAAAAAAUUAAUUUUCAAAAAUUAGUUUGUUUUCUAAAAUAUACAUUUGAUAAUGAAUUUUUAUCUAUUGAACAAACACUUCAAAUAUCAAAUUUAACUCUUCAAAAUUCAAAAUUAAAGAAUAAAAAAUCUAAACAUCUUCUUCAAUUUCUUAUCGAAUUGCUUCAAUUGAAAAUACAUUUAUCAUCGCAAGUUCUCUUAAAAUUAAUUCAAAAUAAUCAAGAAAAUAAUCAAAUUAUCAAUCAAAUAUCACUUAUGUUAACAGUACAAACUGGAAGAUAUGCUACUGUCGAGUGGAAAGGAGCAAUGAUGAGAUUAUUAAUAAUUCUUUUCGAUCGGUCAGAUAAUUAUGAACAACUAAAAGAUAUUGCUCUAGAAUCACCUAUGCUUCAAUAUGGUAUAUAUAAACAACAAUUAGAAUCUUAUAUGACAAAGAUAUCAGAUAAUCAAUCUGAUGAAAACAAAGAACCUUCUGUUGUUCCUAAAAAUAAUAGCAAGACCGAUAUUUCUACUGCACAUCGUGAAUUGUUGUAUUAUUUGGAAUCUGAUGAUCCAUCAAUGAAUGCACAUGCCAUACGACAAUUACGUGCAUAUCUUGUUGGUAAACAACUUUCAUCGAAAAUUGUACUUCCGAAAUUUAUUCAAGCUAUUCAAUUUAUGUUGCAAAAUUCUCGAAAAUUUCCAGAAGUAUUACUUGAUGAAUGGGCAAUAUUGAUUGCUAACAAUCGUGGAAAAAUUUUUUCAAAUGAUCUUCAAUGUGAUCAAUUAUUAAUGGGUAUAAUUUUAGUUCGUCUUAAUAUGCCAAAGGAUACAUUAAAUUUAUUAAAUCGUUUAAUUCAAUCAAAGGAAUUUCAUGAACGACAUGUUGGUCUUGGCAAAUUACUUUUACUUUUAAAAAAUACACAAAUAAAUCGUAAAAAUAGCCAAAUAAGGAACUUACCAACAAUAUCAAAUCAAUUUUAUAAUACAAUAACUCGUGUUGUAUUCGAUGAAAAAUUCAAUAACCGUCAAGCACGACAAUGUGUAACAGCAGCUAGAAAUUCUUGGCUAUUAACUAGGAACCAUAGAGAAAAACUGAAUGACAUUUAG